ACUGAUGCAGAAGCUCAAGCACAAAUAGCAAGAGUAAUUAAUCAAUGGAAAGAAAUAGAUAAUGAGAUAAUAAAUAAUUUUGCAGAUUACUUUAAAGGAGCAGCUAAAGAUAUGAUGGAUAUGAAUAAUUUAAUUGAAUCAUUCCAUUGUAAGCUAAAAUAUACUUAUAUGAGAGGAUAG